AUGAGUAGCAUCAACCUGCAAUUGCUUAAUGUUUCAGUUCUGCAAGGCACAGCUACCAUCAACAAUUCGAUAACUUAUUUCAAUUGCCGAAAGGAAGAUGGAGACACUGAUGGGGUUCGUAUCAAUUUAAAAGGAACCCCGUUUAUAUUCUCAACUGAGUACAAUAUAUUCAUGUCCGCAGGUUGCGGUAGUUUGACUACUUUCUCUUAUAGUCUAACGGAUGAAUUUCCUAUUCGUGCAUGCCUGCAACCCAUUUGUGCCAAUUUUGCGACGUCCAAUGUUAAUUGCGCUACCGAUGUCCCUUUUGAUCUAAUUUCCUUCGCUAUAAACAUGAAAUGUAUUUAUCCUAGUAAUGCUAGUAGGAGAUCGUGUAGAUCUGCUUUUAUUGUUGACCACCGGUAUCUUGAUUCCCUUAAGACAAUAAAUUCAAACAGCAAUGACACUUGGACAGUGACGCACGUUCCCGCAACACUGCAAUGGGCCACACCAAAACGUGGGUUGUUUGCAGAAUCCGGUGAACAUUGCGAUAUAACAUAUAGGUAUUGUUAUAUGCUUUGUAUCGAUUCUCUUGACAGCACUUGUUCUUCACAAUCAUCAUGUCCUCAUGGAUAUGAUUACUCAAAUGAAAAAGAUAUGUGCAAGCCAUCUCAUUUAGUAGACUUUGUGACGGAAAAAAUGUCUGAAAAAUCACAGUAUUUUCCGAUCAUUAUAGGUUGCAGCGCUUGUAUUGGGACAGCAUUUGCUCUAGUUGGUGCAUGGUGUUUGUACAAAGUACUAAACAGAAGAAAGUAUAUGUUGGUUGAAGAGAAUAUGUUGCAUGAAAUGAGGCUUGAACAGUUCAUAAAUGAGGUGAUAAUUUUAUCACAAAUUAACCAUAGAAAUGUAGUUAAGCUUUUAGGAUGUUGCCUAGAAACAAAAGUUCCUUUGCUGGUUUAUGAGUUCAUCCCAAAUGGAACAAUGUAUCAACUCGUUCAUAAGCCAAAUGAAGACUUCCCAUUGACAUGGGAAAUGCGUUUACGAAUUGCAAGUGAAACUGCUAACGCUUUAUCCUACUUGCAUUCAGCUGUAGCAAAGGUGUCUGAUUUCGGAGCCGAGGCUCCUAAAUCAAUUGCAUUGGAGAAGACUCAUGUAACUACUCGAGUACAAGGAACUUUUGAUUACUUAGAUCCCGAGUAUUUUCGAUCAAACCAAUUUACUGAAAAGAGUGAUGUAUAUAGUUUCGGAGUUGUUCUUGUUGAACUCUUGACAGGACAAAAACCCAAUUUUUCAACACAAUCAGAGGAAGAAGUGAGAAGCUUGGUAACCUUUUUUCUGCUUUCAAUGCAAAAGGAUUCAUUAUUUGAUGCUCUUGAUUAA